UGCGCCGCGAUCUCGGAGUCCUUAAUCCAAUCCACCCUCUUCGGACAUGUCCGAGGAGCCUUCACCGGUGCCGACCAAAACCGACCGGGUAUUUUUGAAGGAGCGAGGGGAGGCACCGUUUUCCUCGAUGAAAUCGGCGACUUGCCGCUCGCGGUGCAGGGAAACCUGCUGCGAGUGCUGCAAGAAGGCGAGAUCCGAAGGGUCGGUGAUACGUUGGCCCGAAAAGUGGAUGUGCGAAUUGUUGCCGCCACCCAUCGCGACCUUGAAAAAAUGGUAGAGGAAGGGAGCUUUCGCGAGGAUCUCUAUUUCCGCCUUCGGGUGGCAAAAGUCACAUUGCCCGCCCUGCGGGAACGGGACUCGGACCUCGUAUUGCUGGCCGAUUUCUUUGCCCUGCGCGAGAGGGGGACCCGCAUCGAUCCCGAAGCUAGGAAGGCCAUCAGCUCCUAUCCUUGGCCCGGAAAUAUUCGUGAGUUGGAAAGUGUCGUCAGGGUGGCAGCCACCUACAGUGAUUUUGAGGUUAUCCGAACCGAGCACUUAGCCGAUGCGGGCAUUCCGAUCGAAAAACCCAGCUCUUCCGAGCCGGAUUCCGCGGCUCAAGGCCCCAACAAGGAUUAUCACCAGCUCGUAGAAGACUAUCGCAAAGAACUGGUAUCAAAAGCUUUAGACCGUCACGGCAAGAACCAAUCAGCAGCGGCGAGGGAUCUGGGAAUGACCCGCCAAGCCCUUUCUUACCUAGCUCGAAAGCUAGGUUUACUGUGA